UUACAUAUCUCUCUGCAGCUAUGGAGAAAUCUAUAAUAUUAUCAAAGACAGCCAUUUUGGCCAUCUUCUUAGUCGCGAUUGCAUCUUGUGUGUCAUUCUCAUCGGCAACGAGAGCACAAGCAUUAGUUGAAUUAGGAUCUGAACCUGCUCCCAUCGACAAGGUUAAGUUUUGUCAUACAAAGGCAGACUGUAAAAAUACUAGAUGUUAUCCAACCAGAAGCCCUGCUUUUUGUAAUAAUGGCGUAUGCUCAUGCGAAUACGAUGAUGCUAAAGACUCUCCGGUGGUGACGAAAGACGAAACAUGUUCCACUAUUACGGACUGCAAAUGCACCAAAUGCUUCCCCCAACCUGGAUGGCAUGUUGAAUGUGUUGAUGGCAAAUGCAAAUGUGUCUUCGAUGUGCCACCACGUUCUAAAGUAGUAACCGACGAGAAAUGUACCAUUGUUAAGGACUGCAAAAGCACAAUAUGCAUGGACGAAAUUGGAUGGCAUGUCCAUUGUGUUAAUGGCAUCUGCAAAUGUGUACAAGUCGGACCACCAGAAGCUGAUUCCACCGCUUUUCCUCCGGCAGCCGGACCAAAUGUCAACCAACAAGGUUGUCCUCCAUCUGACUGCUAUGAAAUUUCAUGUGUCGAGGGAUGCCCUGAACGUGUUCAUGGCCAGUGCCAAUGCGUACAGCCAGGUUCAUUCUAG